UUUCGCGGCAUUGUGUCUGCAACCUGCACGCGCGGCCCGCUGGUUCAAAGACGAGGAUCGGCCUGGCGUGCACGACCACGGGAGGACAAAGGAAAUACGAUUUACUCGGAGGAGUUGCAUGGAAUAACGACGCAACGAUGAUCAAUAUGAAGUUUUUUCGCGUGGUUCUGGCACUCCUGGGAGGCACGCACGUCCUCUUCGCCCAGCCAUCGGCAUCGCCCACGGAGAAGAACAUCGGUGGAUCGAGUCUGGCGAGCGUGGUCGCCGGAAGUAAGCCGACGAAACCUUUGAACAAACCAGAAUUCGACGACAUCUCGCCGCGAAAUGUCACCGUCAUUGUUGGCCACACAGCGGAAUUGAAUUGCUUCAUAAAGCAUCGCGGGGACAGAGUGAUAUCCUGGAUACGUAAAAGGGAUUUACACAUACUCACGUCGUCCAUCUUCGCGUACACGGGGGACGGAAGAUUCUCGGUGAAGCACCCCGAGGCAUCCGACGAAUGGUCGUUGCUGAUCAAUUACGUUCAACAACGCGACGCCGGGGUGUACGAAUGCCAGGUUAACACCGAGCCCAAAAUGAAUUUAGCCUUCGUGUUGACAGUCGAAGAAAGUGCCCCUGUCCCCGCCACCGCCACACCGAACGCCAUUCACCGGACGUUCAACUCAGCCGCUGAGGCGAAAAUCCUCGGUCCGGAAGACGUCUACGUGAAGAAGGGUAGCACGAUAAGCCUCACGUGCACCGUUAAUGUGCCAAGUACACCGCCCAGCAUCGUUUUCUGGCAUCACGGAGGAGCUCUGGUGGAUUUCGACAGUCCCAGGGGCGGGAUUUCCUUGGAGACCGAGAAGACGGAAAGCGGCACGACGAGCAAGCUUCUGGUGACACAAGCCAGAUUGACCGACAGCGGAAAUUACACCUGCAUUUCCAGCAACGCGAAUCCAGCCAGCGUAAUGGUCCACGUGCUGAAUGGGGAACAUCCGGCGGCUAUGCAACACGGCGGAAGUCGCGGCGUCACGCCCACCAUUUUACUGGCGACCUUUACCCUGGCGAUCUCGAAUCUGCUAAGGUGAGCGGUAUCGUUGUGAAUCGCGCGGCUCGGAGGCCACUGGCUGGUCGAGUUGGUUUCGUGAAUC